AUGUCACGACGACACUGUACCGACGACGACAUUGUCGACGGCCUGUUGGGCGCCGCUGGCGGCCUUUGCGAAGAACCUCGCAUACGGGCCCUGUGCGUUGACGCUCGGCGAGCGUUCCUCCGGCAACCCAUGCUACUGCGGUUGCGGGCUCCUAUCAAAGUGGUCGGCGACUUACACGGCCAGUUCGGUGAUCUGCUCAGAGUGUUUGACGUGGCCGGCCGGCCGCCGAAAGCCGACUUCUUGUUCCUGGGUGAUUUCGUAGACCGCGGCCCUCAAUCCGUCGAAGUGAUCACUCUACUGCUGGCACUCAAGACUCGGUACCCAGAGAACGUUCACCUACUCCGAGGGAACCAUGAAUGCCGUACCGUGAACAUCAGGUACGGGUUCUACGGCGAAUGCCGGUCCCGGUACGGCCUGCUCACGGGCGCACGGCUGUGGCGAGCAUUCAACCGGACGUUCGACUGCAUGCCUGUGGCCGCGGUCAUCGGCGGCCUAAUAUUCUGCACGCACGGCGGCCUCAGCCCGGAUUUGCACCACAUGGCUCAGAUCGACCGGAUUCGAAGGCCCGCCACUGUGCCCAGGCGCGGUGUGCUGUGCGACCUGCUGUGGUCUGAUCCGGCAACGGGCCCGAUCCAGGGCUGGCGCAAGAACGUUCGCCGGAACGUGUCGUACGUGUUCGGCGCCGACCAGGUGGCCGAUUUCCUGUCCAGAUUCCGGUUCCAGUUGGUGGUCAGGGCUCAUCAGUGCGUGGAGGGAGGUUACCAAUUUUUCGCGGGCCGCAAGCUGGUGACCGUGUUCAGCGCACCCGAUUACAAUGGAUACGGUUUGCCAGGCGCCGUCAUGUCUGUGAACAAACACGUCAAGUGCACUUUCCAGCUGAUACCGGUUGCAGGAGCAGCGCAGAACAAACGUUGGAUUGCAGGGCGAAGGACGGCCAGCAAAAUACCAAAAUAA